CUGUCGUUUUGAGAGCUUGUGUGUUCAAACAUACUGACGAGAGAAGAGGGGGAGAAAGAGAUAGACCAUUAUUCUUACUACAGGAAGUGCAUAAUACUAGCAACAAAAUCAAACAUACUUCAGUUUCUUUAGUGUACUUGCCAGGAUUUCUCAUCAAUGCGAAUAGAUGGAAUAGACUGCAGCUAGCUGCACACGGCCCUUGUUUUCACAGGAGCAGCAUACCCGCAUUGACCUAACGUCAUUUAGAAUUCUACAUGAUUCCAGCUACUGGAACAUCCAAAACAUGUUUGUUAGAAUGGCCACAUUCCACUCGAUACAUGUGACAUGUUAAUAGCCUAACAAUCGUUGAAUUUACGCGUUUCUGCCCGGCUGCCAUGCUUUUAUCACAUGACAAAUAUCCCUGUAGGGCACUGAAAGGUAGUUGUCAUGGUGAUGAGGGGUAGAUCUGAUGCUUGCAGCUCGAGAUUCAAGUGAACGAUUUUUUUUUAGCAGCAACGACGGAACAGUUGACAAGAAUCCGAUUUUAGUUUACAGGCAGACCACCCACACAGCCUUACCAAAAUGCAGGAGAUGAGGAACGGGAUGAUGCACUUCCCACCACCUGUGAGCAGAGACCGGGUCAUAUCCAAGUUCCCAAAGUGUUAUACUCCACAGGCCUGUCUGCAGAUUAAGGUGGAUUGGGAUACCCAGGCCAAGGAUGCCUGCAAAGAAAGAACUGACAGGCAUCAGGGAUGGGACAGACUCAAGAUGUCCAAAGCAGUGGUUGUUGGUGACCUUAAUGUGGGCAAGACCUGCCUAAUAAACCGGUUCUGCAAAGAUGUAUUUGACAGAGACUACAAGGCUACCAUAGGAGUGGACUUUGAGAUUGAGAGGUUUGAGCUCUCAGGAGCUCCAUUCUCCCUUCAGAUCUGGGACACAGCUGGCCAGGAAAAAUUCAAAUGCAUUGCUUCAGCAUACUACAGAGGAGCUCAGGUGAUAAUCACAGUAUUUGACAUGGCAGACAUUAAGAGCUUGGAGCACUCAUGGCAGUGGUUAGAUGAGGCCAUGAGGGAGAAUGAACCUGGCUCCUGUUCUGUUUUCCUGGUCGGAACCAAGAGUGACCUACUUGCUCCAGAGGAGCGCCAGAGGACUGAGAGAGACGCCAUCAAGAUAGCAACUAAAAUGAAAGCUGAGUUUUGGUCUGUUUCGGCCAAGACAGGGGAGAACGUGCAGGGGUUCUUCUUCCGGGUGGCAUCUCUGGCCUUUGAAGACUCUGUACUGAAGGACAUGGAGAAAGGGAUCAUCUCCACUCGAAUAGGAGGAGGAGACAGCAUUAAGUCUGACAGAGCCAACCUGGAGGAGCCCCAGUCCAGAGCAGUGAAUACGAAUUGCUGCUGAGAAAAGAGAAGAGGACUUGAAGUAGGAGUCAAGAGAAGGAAGGAGAGUGAGAUGUGUAGAAAGAUAUUGAAAUAGGGGAUUUUAAAAGUGGAAAGAGCUGUGACUGGCAUGUGCCUCUUUUUCUCAGUCUUCACUGGUAUCAUUCAUACGUGGACACACACGUGUCUACAGCCUUUAUAAUCAUCAUUUUGUACUGCCAUUUUGGGAUGUAAUGUAUCAACUUCCUUGAUUUUAACCCGGUCGUCAAUGACCUUUAUUAUAUGCAUUGUAAAGUAUUUUAUGAAUUCAGUAUUUUGUUGAAUUUUGGAAAUUAGGGUGCAUUUCAGACUCAUUUGUAGAAGUGGUUUGAUAGUUUAUGUAAUAUACUGUAUUAUCAUUAUGUAUUGUGUAGCCCUAACAUUCUGCAGAUACAUUUACAAUAAUUUUAUUGCAUAUUUUUGUUAUUACUGCUAACCUCGUUCCUAGGCUGAAUUGUUUCUGCACAGAGACAGAGCUGGAUGGUGAUGACAUUACCCCUAAUCAAAAUAAAGUUUCAUAUUUUUGUAUGGGUCUUCAUGA